CGCUAUUCCUUGUCGCGAGCGGCUUCGCGCGCGCGCGCCCCGCACGUGUCGCCCGUCACACCUAGUCCCUCUCGGAUUGGGCCUUGCGCGCCCGUAGCCCACGCGUCGCCUUCCUCGCGCCCUUGCUGGAUGCUGACUCCCUCGCGCGCGUGCUCAUCCGUGGUCAGUACUCCUACGCCCGUUAGGAUUGGGUCGCCCGCGCUUUCCCCGUACUUGCGCGCCAUCGUGCGCCUACCUUCGCUGUCGCUCAGCUGCCGCGCGUCCUCGCCACCUGCGCGA